CCAAGUUAAACCCAUGAUGUCACCAAAGCGCCUACAGAGCGAGCAAAUACAACUGCCCGUGGGUGGGAGGCACAUCAAGGAUCCAUUUCACAAACAGCACCACUUGCAUUCAGUAGCAAGCAAUUUAGCUAUGUUUGUUGUGUGCGGUGCUUUUGCUGUUCCUUGCUCACAUGUGGUCACUUUGUUUUAGGUACAGUGUCAUCCUCCUGGCCCUGGUGGACCACAGAUACCUAUUCCGUUACGUCAGCGUGGGCACCCCUGGGAGGUGCCAUGAUGCGAGCGUCUAUCGGCGCUCCCCGCUGGCGCAUCUGCUCGAGCAGAACCAGACUGCUGUACCAAGGGUCAUUGAUGGCACGGAGAUACCUCCCCUCGUCCUGUGUGAUCAGGCUUUUCCCCUGACGAGGAACUUGAUGAAACCAUUCCCCCACAGCCUCAACCACCCCCAAGGGAAAGGGGAUCUCUCUAAGGCCAGGCGCGUGGUCGAGAGUGCGUUUGGUCGUCUGAAGGCCCGCUUCCGCAUCGUCCUCAAGCGGAUGGAAAUGAGAAUCGACCACGUGAACGCUGUCGUCAGAGCCUGCUGCACCAUACACAACAUCUGCAAGAUGCUCAACGAUGGGGCGGAGAAGCAGUGGGUCGACGCGGCCAGGAAAUUAGAAGAGAGCGCAAAGCGUGAGCAGGCAAUGCACAGGACCAAGGCCACAGAAGAUGGCGCCGAUGCAGUGCGGGAUGCACUCGUUGCAUACUUCGAGGCGAACCCGCCCUCUCAGCGUGGCUAAAACCCAGACGUUCGCCCUCUCAGUGCGACUAAAACCCGAGACGUUCGCACAGUAAACUACAGAACACUAAUUGGUUAAAGGGGCACUGAAGUCAUUUUUUAAGGUCUUUUCUUAUGUUAUAUUGUUUACAAAGUGUUAGUGACUACAUAUAUCAAAUUCUAGAAUACAAAACUGUUUAUUCAUCUCGGGGCAAUGGAAAAACAUGCGGACUCUUUUUUCUCGCAGGGUACAAUCUCUGGACCGCAGAAAGUCCUACAAUAUGCACUACAUGCCAUUAAUCUGUCCACGUGACAUUGAAUUCUCAUUGCUAUUCCAGGCAGUGAAAAAUAAAUAAAUAUUCCUUUUCUGAGCGGGCUCAACCACUCACAUGACACAGCAGUUUUCAUUUCUUUUCAGCAAAGCAUGCUUUGUCCACUUAAAUACAGGUCAUUGCUACAGUAAGCAUGAAAGCACGUCAAAUUGAGAUUUCACAGUACAGUCGGUUAGAAAUAAAAUGCGACCAGCGGCUGCAUGGUCUUCACUAGACUCUGCGCUUUCUGCUUCAUACA